AGAGACUCGAGCAGACAAUCCUCCGUAGAGCCAAGUGCCUGUUUUGAUAAUUCUGCCAUACCUGAGGUAGCAGCGCUAAUUUGAGAACCCUUCCAUCUGUCAGAGCAUGUAAAAGAGCAGAAUCCGCUACGACUGAACUUUGCAGGAGCACUUGUGAAGUUGGUAUUCUGUGUGUGUGGUGCAGAAGCUCAGAGAAACAAGAUUAUCGGCGGUGUGCAUAUAUAGCAAGGGAGAUGGCCCAACAGGCAGUUUUUGCGGUGCUGGAGCGGGGUGGUAGCAUUGCAGUUGAUGAGGCCGUAUACUUGUUGGGCGUCUCUGAAAAGCUGGAAUCAGCCAAGAAGCAACUCCUACUCAUGCAAGCCUUUCUCAUGGACCUGGAUGAAAAGAUGCUGAAGGGUAACUUCAUGGCUAGGCAUCUAGCUUCCGAGGUUCGGGAGAUCGCAUAUGAGGUGGAGGACAUCAUUGACACCGCCAACAUCUUGAUGAGGAGAAACGGCCCCAAGACAUCAGUCAGAGGGGCCAUGUCCAAAUAUGCUUGCUUCCCCAUAUACCUCACUCGUCUCCACAAGCUGGGAUCAAGGAUAGAUUCAACUGAAGAAAGGAUGAAAAAACUUUUCGGCGACUUUGAGAAAUUCAACAUCGCUGCUAAUGCAAUUGCAGAAGAACCACGGCGUUACAUCACCGAGGAUGAUGACAUUCGGCAUAGGCGAUUGGUUCAUCCCAACUCGGGUGAUCAAGUUGGUGUCAUUGGGUUUGAUGAGCAGAUUAAACAGAUCGAGUAUGACUUGCUAGACACAAAGAACAGGCACCUAACCGUUGUUUCCAUUGUAGGUCCCGGUGGGGCAGGCAAAUCAACAAUGGCUAAGAAGGUGUAUAGUUUGCCUGCAGUGAAGGGACACUUUAAAGUUCAUUGUUGGUUAACUGUGUCCCAACGAGCUGUUGCAACUCAUGAUUUUUUGAAAGAGGUGGUUAAGAUGGUUGUGCCUUCUCACCUCAUGAAAGUUAUGGUUCUGCGUGUGAUGGGGGAUGUCAAGGUCAAGAAAGUCGACAACGCUAGAAAGAUGAUGACCGAGAAGGAGGAGAAGAAAAUUUGGGAAGACCAGAAAGCUAAAGAGCUCGAGGAAGCUAAAGAGCUUGAUAAGCUGGAGGAGCAUGAGGUGAAAAAGCUGCUUCACGAGUUUGCACUGAGUCAAAGGUAUUUGAUAGUGUUGGAUGAUAUAUGGAGCAAAGAUGCCUGGGAUGCUAUCAAGCAUGCCUUCCCUAAUCAGAAGAAUGGCAGCAGAAUCAUUCUGACCACACGCAAUGUGGAUGUUGCAAAGCUUCCCGGUGCAAGGAAGAAAAUCUACAGGCCAAAGCUCCUGAAUGAAGAUGAAAGCACCCAGUUGCUUCUUACCACGGCCCUCCCAGAGUACAUCUUGGAUGGCGGGCAAAACUUGGACGAGUUGAAGGAGCUGGGCAAAGAGCUUGCAAUAAAAUGUGGUGGCCUGCCUCUUGCUUUGAUUGUUUUGGGGGGAUACCUGUCAAGGAAUCUUGAUGUUGGCGAGUGGAAGAGGUUGUUAACAAACAGUAUGGAUUGGCAUGAUUUGAUCACCUCCGAUAGGGUCAUUGGUGCCAUACUGGAUCUUAGUUACUAUGACAUGCCGAGUCAUCUGAGAUCAUGCUUCAUGUACACCACGGCCUUCCCUGAAGACUCUCCUAUUGAUGUGCGAGUUCUGGCAAUGCUAUGGAUUGCUGAGGGUUUCAUCCCGCUGGUCCGAGGCCAGACCCGCGAAAAAGUAGCCUUAAAGUAUGUGGCUGAGCUAGUGCAGCGGUGCAUGAUCCAAGCGGAGGGAUGGACGAACUCUGGGAUGAUCAAGGUGGUCAAGGUGCAUGACAUCCUGCGCGAGUGGGGGUUUGGACGAGCUCAGAGAGAAGGGUUUAUGAAAGAUUGCCAUUCUGCGGAGGAUAUCGAGGUGGCCUACUCGGGGGAGGAGAUGAUGAAAGCUUACCGAGUGGUGCUCCACAGCUCACUGUCACUGGAAAGGGGAGUUGGAACCACCACGAGAAAGCUUCGCACUCUAUUAGACUUCAACAACCACACAUCAGUACAGGUGCCAAAAUCGUUCCAGGGUUUACGCGUGCUUCACCUGAACUGUUCUGGCGAGGUUUCUCUGCCAAAGGAUAUUCACCAGAUGAGGUAUUUGAGAUAUCUUGGCUUGGGAGGCAACUGCUCCUAUGAUCUCCCUUCCAACAUUGGAGGCCUCUUAAGCCUCGAAACACUGUACUGCACAGCAAGUAUAGACCACAUCCCAGCAUCAUUGUGGCGGAACAGGACACUGAGGCAAGUGCAUAUCCCCUAUGCUAGAAGCUUAUCAUCACCACAGAUCGGUUCACAGUCAUCAAAGGUUCUUGUUAUACUAGUAGAUUGUGGGAGCAGUACCCAUAUGGACGAUGCUAAGCGGAUUGUGGAGAAAACUAGAAGGCAAGUGCUGAGGAACAAGAACCUGGAUCUCUCGUUCUGCUUGGGGGUGGAGUAUGGGAAAUAUGGCAUGGAAGUCAUAGGGAGAUGCAAUACGGGGGUCCAGUUCCCCAUCGACCUCCUCAAUUUUGAUGAGACGCAUGAUUACUGGGAACUGAAGAUUUGCUGCGCCAAUCUACUCAGCAAUGAUCACAAGAUCCUGGAGCUUGGGAGGAUAAAAAACCUCAAGGUGCUAGAGAUAGGCGAGCAGUCAUAUACUGGCAAGGUGAUGGUUUUCCCGUCAGGCAGCUUCAUGACACUUGAACGACUGGUGCUCUACGAUCUUGCAGUGGAGAAAUGGAAAAUUGAGUGUGGAUCCAUGAUAUGUCUCAGGGUGUUGACGCUUUGCAAGUGCCCCAAACUGGUCCACCUGCCUGAAGAGUUGUUAAGGCUUCCGAAACUACGCAGUCUGGCUCUUAUCGCAAUGCCUCUGGGUUGCUACCAGAAAGGUGAGGUUCCUCAGGGGGUGAAGAUUUCAGAGUCAGAUGAUGAGAAAGUUUUCCAGCAUCUUCCUAUUUGGCGGUGGCUCCACCUGUCUGCCCCGCCCGCAUUUGAUGAAUACUAGAAAACUUGGCCACGACACUACUAAAGGUUCCACAACACUGACAUGUAUCUUUGCAACUGCUGUGAUGUGUGCUUUUCAAAAGAACUAUGGUCUGUAAAGAUAUAUGGGUAUUAUACCUGUGGGCUGUAAAUAUGUGACGCCUUGUUUAGAUGAAUAAGUAGACACUUCAGAGUUGAAAUAUAUGGGUAGACCAAGCACAAACUUGUGUCAUAGUUAAUAACACCACGUCUACAAAAAUGAUACAUAUAUGCAUAAUCAGUCAACUCGGUAUGCAUAAAAUAUAUGUCUGUUUUCUUUAAAAGAUGUGUAAUAUAUAUGUAUAAAAAUGAUGCAUGUAUUAGAGUAAAUAGGAAUAGUACCACAUUGCCUACCAACAUGGAUGCUAG